AUGGCCAGCACAGCAGUCGAACGUUCCUCACAGCCUAUCCUUCGUCGAUUCGACACAGCAGACUCUAGCGCUGCUGAUUCGAGAGAGAUUUCACCUGCAGAUAGUCCACGAUCUGUCGGCUCCUCCACCUCUUUAUCCUCUCUUGCUAGCGAUAGUGAGAUUCUUGCUUCGCAGAAAGAGCAGGCACAGAAGCAAAAGCUGAUCGAUGGAUAUGGCAACGACUUCGAGAUUCCAGAUUACACCAUCAGCGAUAUCCACAAAGCCAUUCCCAAGCACUGCUUCGAACGAUCGGCUGCGACUGGAUUGUACUAUGUGGCUCGAGACAUCACUUCUCUUGCUGUCACUUUCUACCUGACCAACCGAUAUCUGACGCCUGAGAAUGUUCCUAACACUCUAGUUCGAGGAGCUCUUUGGGGAUUGUACACCUUCGUUCAAGGUCUCUUCGGCACUGGUCUCUGGGUGCUGUCCCACGAGUGUGGCCAUCAGUCUUUCUCACCCAGCAAGGUCCUCAACGAUACAGUAGGAUGGAUUUGCCAUUCAGCUCUAUUGGUUCCAUAUUUCUCGUGGAAGAUCUCUCACGGCAAGCAUCACAAAGCCACCGGUAACAUGGAAAGAGACAUGGUUUUCGUACCCAAGACCAGAGAUGAAUAUGCAAGCAAGAUUAGCAAGUUCGCGCAUGAGCUACACGAGCUGACUGAGGAGACUCCUAUUGCCACUGCUCUCGAUUUGAUCGGUCAGCAAAUUGUCGGAUGGCCCAUGUACAUCAUCACCAACGUGACUGGCCACAACAACCACGAGCUUCAGCGUGAAGGUCGAGGCAAGGGUAAGAAGAACGGCUUCCUCAAUGGUGUAAACCACUUCAACCCAGAAAGUCCUCUGUAUGAGGCCAAGGACGCCAAAUUGAUUCUUUUGAGUGACCUGGGUUUGGGAAUCACGCUCACCGUCUUGUUCACUCUUGGUGCAAAGUUCGGCUGGGCCAAUAUGUUCGUCUGGUAUUGGCUGCCAUAUCUCUGGGUCAACCACUGGCUCGUCGCUAUCACCUACCUUCAGCAUACCGACCCAUCUCUGCCCCACUACACUGGAGAAAGCUGGACAUACACUCGAGGAGCAGCCGCGACGAUCGAUCGCGAGUUUGGUUUCAUCGGCCGACAACUUCUACACGGUAUCAUCGAGACCCACGUUCUUCACCACUAUGUCAGUCAGAUUCCUUUCUACCAUGCCGACGAAGCUUCAGAAGCCAUCCAGAAAGUCAUGGGCAGACACUACCGAUCUGAUGUCAAGGACGGUUCGCUUGGCUUCGUCAAGAGCAUGUAUCGAAGUUUCCGAUGGUGCAACUGGGUUGAGCCUAAUGAGGGUGCGACUGGAGAGAACGCUGGUGUGCUUUUCUACAGGAACAGAAAUGGUCUUGGUCCAAAGCCAAUGGUCAUUUCAUCCUCUUGA